AUGAAGAAGUCAAAGAGUUUUUCGCUCAAGAGAUUUUCCUUAUCUCUGCUUCGAAAGUCUGGAAAACCAGAGACACCACCAUCUGUUGAAGAUUCACCAUUUCCUGAAUUUUCAAAAUUAGAUCUUGCACAUACUCCGCGUCUGUCUGAUAGCGAUACUGAUUUUACUCGAAUAACAACUAAGAAAGCAAACAAUGAGAAGUGUGCAUUUUGCGGUGAGUAUUUAGCAUUAAACCUUCCAGGCGAAGUCAUUAUACUUUUAAUGUGCAAUGAUCAAUGCCAUCAGGAUUGCUUAACAGCUAGCUUGGAUGUCAACAAUUUAGAUUACUUACCAAUUUGUGGUCAAUGCAAGCAGCCAACAAGAUGUCUCGAUGAAAAGACUCAUUCUCAAAUCAUUCAACAGCUCCUACUUGAAAAUACAGAUGAAAUCCAAAUUAAUGAGAUUCAACAAAUUGAUGUACUCGAAAAAUCCUUAUCGUUGUCAGUUGAUAUCUCAGCCAAAGACUCUUAUUAUGACGAUCUUAUAGAAGAAAUCUUAAAACCAAGAGUUCAAUGUUAUAGUGAUAUAGACAAACUAAAAAUCACAAAGAACUCCACUCAUAUUUUAGAUCAAGUUCUUACCGUGCGGAGCCCAUUAGUUUACAAUAAACAAGAACCAAGUCCAGCUGAAAUAAAACUUAAAAGUCGUUUGAUAAAAUAUUUGAAGCUGCAUGUGCUAUCUAAAAUCAUUAAUAUAGAGGAAGAGGUAGUUGAUAUUGAAAAUUUAGGAGAGUUGUUACUCUUUGAUUAUAUGAACCUAAGUACAAAUGCAGUGGAUUGGGAUUGGAUGUGUUGCUUUUUGUUCGAAGAUGUGCUUAUUUUAAUCAUUGAAGAUACUUUAAUUGGCCAGGUAUCGAUCACAAGAGAUAUUUCAGGAGUUAAUGUAUUCGAACAAACGGGAUUAAUAACGAUAAACUUGAGGAAUGAAUUACUUCCUGAGUUGCAUUUAAAGAGUGAUAAUAAGUUAAUUUUGAUGAAAUGGGAGUCCAUACUUAUUGACAUGAACAACAAAGUCCAAAUCGAAAAUCCAAAUAUCAUACAAUUUACUACCAAUGCUUGGGGAUUAUUACAAGGAUCUGAUAUUGAAUUACCCAAAGAUUUAAAACACUAUUCAAAUUUAACUAUUGAUGGAGAUGAUAUUCCUUCUUCAUAUUUAGUCCAAGCGCUACCAAAAGCUCAACCGCUACCACUCAAUUUAGUGAUAGCGGUACCCUUAUUUAACAGAACUACCAUGUCUGACGAAGACUUACAACUGAAGAUACAGAUAACCCUCCAUACAAUAAAAGAUGGAUUGAGACCUAUAGACACAUUAUCAUUAAUAUUUGUGGGAUCUUAUAGAAAUAGAAAUCCGAAAGAUAAAGGGACUUACAUUGGGUUUUUGGAUCCAACUUGGAGAGAUUGGAGUUUAGUGUUAGACGAUAUUGAAAUCAUCCCCCGGAAAUCUAACAUGUUUAAAUCAGAGUGGGAUGAGAUGCUGUUAGCGUUUGAAAAAUGCUUAGACUUGUUUGCCCUUAGAAAUGAACUGGAAAAGAACGUAACCAAGAUGUUGGUUCUAAAUUUCAACGACUAUGAUCCAGAUGUCAGUUCGUAUGAUACCAGUUCUUUACAGAAGAAUCUUGAUUUGCUAACUGAAAAAGUGUCUAUUAGUUUUGCAAGAAUUGGUUCUGGAUAUACAGAUGUCAUAGAAUCAAUAAGUAAACUUCUAGCCAUGAAUCAGAAUGAUCAAAAUCAUUUGAAACUUAACUUUUCAUGUGCCAUCAUAAGAUAUAAUUCAUUUGAGACAUUUAUUCAAGGAUGGAGUGGAACCUUUUCAAAUAUGCAAUCUAUCUGUAUUCCAACCAUUGCUAUUGAUUUAGCAGUAACCAAAGAGUUUGAAGACAGUCUUCUGUUUGCCGAAGUUGAAGUUAAUGGCGUAUUAACUAAGAUUUCGGCCUUUAAAAAGGCAACAAUCCUAGUCCAUGAUAUGCUUCCAUUAUCAGAAAGAAACAUUGCUUUCAAAAUCAAAUUAGAAGUAUCUUCUGAUAUGUAUCAGAAUUUACAUUUUGAUGACUUUAAGAUCUUAACAUAUAACUAUUCCUAUUUAAAGCAUACAAGUAACAAUAAUGCUGUAUCACUUAGUCUUUCUAAAAGUCAACUUCCUUAUAGAUUAGAGCAAUCAACCAGUACCCUUCACACGUUAACUAAUUCCAGUGACAAUCCUACAAUUCAAUUUCUAAAUAUUCCUUUACUUCCACCAUUAUCAUCAACAAGAGAACCAGCUCUUGCUCAAAGACAAGCUGAGCUUUCAGUGAUUGAAGCUUUAAAUUCUACCAAUGCAUUUAAUCCGAAACAAUGCCAAGAUCUCUUACUCAAUUCUAUAUCAUUGAUGUAUGCUAUGAUAAGUUUAACCAAUGAUAAAGGAAAAAUAAAUUCGACACAAUUGCGAAACAUAUUCCAAGCCACCAAAGGGCGGAGUGGUUAUGACAUUCAAAACCUAGAAGAGGAGAUCACCCACAUCAGUCACCUCUUUGACGAAGAUGCAACUUUGGCAUAUACUCGUUGCAAAGAUCUUAUAUAUUUUCUUACCUAA